AUGGAUGUGGAUAAAUUAACGUCUUUACUGAAAAAAGUCACAGAGUUGUUUGUAAGCUCGGUGUUUGUAACUCAGGGGCGGCAUGUGCAGAUCUUGAGCAUUGAGGGGCAAGUCUCAUCUCCUUCUCCUUUUUCCUCGUUCUGCUUCCUCUCCUUCUCCUCCGCCUUCCACUUCUCUCUUUCUCCUCCUUUCUCCUUCUCUUCCUUCUUCUCCUCUUUCCCCUCCUCCUUCUCUUUUCCUUCUCGUUUUUCUCUUCAUUCUUUCCUUCUCCUUCCUCCUUCUUCUCUUUCUUCUCAUUUCUCCUUCUUCUCCACCUUUUUUCUUUUUUCUUCUCCUCCUCCUUCUUUCUCCUUCUCUUCCUUCUUUUCCUCCUCUUUCUUUUCCUUCUCCUUUUUCUUCUCCUUCUCUUCCUUCUUGUCCUCUUUCCUUCUCCUUUCUUUCCAUUCUUCUCCUUUUUCUUUUCCUUAUUUCUCCUUCUCUUCCUUCUUCUCCUCCUUCCCCUCCUCCUCCUCCUCUAUCUUUCUCCUCUUUCUUCUCCUCCUUCUUCCUCUUCUUUUUCUCCUCCUUCUCUUUCUCCUCCUUCUUCUUUCUCCUUCUCUUCCUUCCUCUCCUUUCUUCUCCUUCCUCUCCUUCUCCACUUUCCACUUCCUUUCUUUCUCCUUCUCUUUCUUUCUCCCUUUUCUUCUCCUUCUUCUUCUCCUUCCUCUCCUUCUCCUCCUAAUUCUCCUUUUUCCUUUUCUUUCUCCUUCUCUUCCUUCUUCUCCUCUUUCCCCUCCUCCUCCUUCUGUUUUCCUUCUCGUUUUUCUCCUCUUUCUUUCCUUCUCCUUCCUCUCCUUCUCAUUUCUCCUUUCUCCUUCUUCUCCACCUUUUUUCUUUCUUCUUUUUCUUCCCCUCCUCCUCCUUCUUUCUCCUUCUCUUCCUUCUCCUCCUCUUUCUCCUUCUCCACCUUUUUG